CAUUAUUUUAUACAAUCGAUUUAAAAUAGUAGUUAAUUUUCUACGGUAUUGAAUCUCAGAAUCUGAAGCAGAGAAAUUUUUGAGUAAUCUUCCAACAAAACCAGAAAAAAACGCAACCAGCCAACCACCGUAACCCCACCGCAGAACCACCGCCUCAAAUUUCCAUCACCGCCGUCGGUUCAAAAUUAGUGAUGUUCGUGAGCAGAAUUCGUCAAUAAUUUGGGUGGCGAUGAAGAAGCUGAAGAACUACUACUUACAUCUGAAGCAUCGCCACCGCCACACAAUGGAGAAGAAAUGGAUCUUCCCGCUCGCAAUCGGCUCCGUAAUCUCGCUCUUCCUCCUCUUCCUGACAACGCUAACCUCCCCCGACGGCUCGCCGCUCCUCCCCCUCCGCCUCAAUUACCCGUCGCCGUCCUCCGCCGCCGCCUCCUUCUUCGUCGAGUCGAAGCUCGAGCCCCUCCCGGUCUCCGACCUCCAACCUCCGCCGCGAUUGGCGUACCUAAUCUCCGGCUCCGCCGGAGACGGCGGAAUGCUCCGCCGCACGCUCGAAGCCCUAUACCACCCGAACAAUCAGUACGUCGUGCACCUCGAUGCGGAGUCCUCCGGCGAGGAGCGCCUCGAUCUGUACAAUUACGUCGAUACGCAUUCGGUUUUUCGGAGAUUCGAGAAUGUACGGAUGAUUUCUAGGGCUAAUUUGGUAACUUACCGCGGGCCGACAAUGGUGGCGAAUACACUGCACGCGGCUGCUAUUCUGCUGAAGGAAGGUGGUGACUGGGAUUGGUUUAUCAAUCUCAGCGCAUCUGAUUACCCACUCGUUACUCAAGAUGACUUGCUGCACGCUUUUUCGUACUUGCCGCGGGACCUUAAUUUCAUGGAUCAUACUAGUGACAUUGGCUGGAAAGAGUUUCAGAGAGCGAAGCCAGUAAUUAUCGAUCCGGGGUUGUAUAUGACGAAAAAAACCGAUGUAUUUUGGAUUACGCAGCGAAGAAGUGUGCCAACUGCGUUUAAACUCUUCACGGGGUCGGCAUGGAUGGUACUUUCUCGACCAUUCGUAGACUACUGCAUAUGGGGGUGGGACAAUUUACCGAGAACCGCCCUCAUGUACUAUUCAAACUUCAUAUCUUCCCCCGAAGGCUAUUUCCACACCGUAAUAUGCAACGCUAAAGAAUUCCGAAACACGACCGUGAAUAGCGACCUACACUUCAUAUCGUGGGACAACCCUCCGAAGCAACACCCUCACUAUCUUACCCUAAAAGACAUGCAAAGAAUGAUCGACAGUAAUGCCCCUUUCGCUCGAAAGUUUCACCGUGACGACCCCGUGCUUGAUAAGAUCGAUGAGGAGCUUCUGUUUCGGGGUAAGGGUAUGCUUGUGCCAGGUGGCUGGUGCUUAGGUGGCGGUGAGAAUGGGACCGAUCCUUGCCUUGUUGUGGGGAAUGAUACUGCGGUGCUCAGGCCCACCGUAGGCGCGAAGAGGGUCGAGAGUCUUGUGGUGUCUCUUUUGUCGGAGGGUAGUUUUGAGUCGCGGCAGUGCAAAUAGCGGAAGCUCGGUCGUUCUUUGGGGCGAAUUGAUGUCUCUUUUGGUUAAGCUUUGUAACUAAUUUUUUUUUUAAUUAUUUUUGUUUGUGUAAUUAUAAGGUUUUGGUAAUAGAGUAAUUAAUGAUGAGGUGAAUUAUAUGAGAAUGGUGAUGGGAUUUUGUUGUUACUGCCUGUAAUCAUUCAUCAGCACUCUUUUUCUUUUGCGUAGAAGGGUUAAAUUAGAAAUUGUGUUCCAUUUU